UCAGGCCACCCUGGACCCAAGGAAGCAGGAGUUAUUGGAGGCCCGCUUUCUCGGAGCAAGGUGUCCAAUGGGGUUCAUUUCUGGUGACUGAGAGGAUGAGUGAAGCAAUUUCGAUGUCUGCUGGGUCACAAAUUCAGAUGGCACCCCAAUCAACUGUAAACUCUGGUCAGUCGGUUCAUAGUCAAGAUUCGAACAUGAGCACUGGCUCAUCGCAUAGUGAUAAGGAGGUAGACCCAAAUACUCCAGAAAAGGUACCAAGAACUCCUUCGGAAAGAAAGAGAAAGCGUAAAGCUGAUGAUGGAAGUGGAGGAGUUACGGUAGGACCUAUAGGAAGUAAGGGGUCUAGAUCCAUUGCUGCCCUUGAGAACAAAAAAAUCAAUGAGUAUUUUCCAAAACAUCAUUUGGGCAGUAGCCCUAUUCGGCAUGGUGGUGCUAAAAGUCCCUCCCCUCAACAGGGUUACCCUAUGUAUCCACCAUCGCCCCAACAACUCCUUUCGCCACAAGUAACAACACCCAAUUCUUCAGUAGCAGAAUUUUCUUCACUGAUGCAGCCGCCAAGACCUCAUCCUCAACCUCCACCUCCUCCUCCACCAGCCUCAACGCAACCUGCAGGCUCGAUGGUCAGCAAGCAGGUGCAGGUAAGGCCUACCAACCUCAGUAGGACAAGCCAGGUCAGGCAAGCGAAGACUAACACCCCAAAUACAGAACUUACUUGCCAGAGGAUACAGGAAUUCGAAACUCAAGCCUCGUCAGAUUUAGAAUUACGUAACAGCAAAAUUGAUGAGUUGAAUAGAACAACCGAUGAACUUAGGCAUCAGAUGGCUAACCAACAGAAACUAAUCGAACAGCACAAAUCCCAUAUAAAUAAGUGUAUAGACGUUGUAAAGAAAUUACUGAAAGAAAAAUCAAACAUAGAAAAAAAGGAGGCUAGGCAAAAGUGUAUGCAAAAUAGACUGAGAUUGGGUCAGUUUGUGACUCAGAGGGUGGGCGCGACGUUUCAAGAGAAUUGGACAGACGGUUACGCGUUUCAAGAAUUAGCACGACGGCAAGAAGAAAUUGCGACUGAACGAGAAGAAAUUGAUAAGCAAAAAAAGUUGUUACUCAAAAAGAGGCCAUCGAAUAGUGAAACUGGUAGGAAACGUAGUCAGCCACAACCUUCCUUGCAUAAUGGUACAGAGGCUACAUUCUUGAAACCAGAUGCAGUACCUGGAUCUUAUACAUGGCAGGAGUAUUAUGAAGCUGAUGAAAUACUCAAGUUAAGACAAAGCGCGUUAAAGAAAGAAGAUGCAGAUCUGCAACUAGAAAUGGAAAAACUUGAAAGAGAAAGAAACUUACACAUCCGAGAGUUGAAACGUAUUCAUAACGAGGACCAAUCAAGAUUCAACUCUCAUCCUGUGUUGAAUGAACGUUACCUUCUAUUAAUGUUAUUAGGCAAAGGUGGCUUCAGUGAAGUGCAUAAGGCAUUUGACUUAAAAGAGCAACGAUACGUCGCUUGUAAAGUGCAUCAACUGAAUAAAGACUGGAAAGAGGACAAAAAAGCUAAUUAUAUUAAACAUGCGUUACGAGAAUAUAAUAUUCAUAAAGCUCUUGAUCAUCCUCGUGUUGUGAAGUUGUAUGAUGUGUUUGAAAUUGAUGCCAAUUCCUUUUGUACUGUCUUGGAAUAUUGUGAUGGCCACGAUUUAGAUUUUUACCUCAAGCAGCAUAAAACUAUACCUGAAAGAGAAGCAAGAUCUAUUGUUAUGCAAGUUGUGUCUGCAUUAAAAUACCUCAAUGAAAUAAAACCCCCAGUCAUACAUUACGAUUUAAAACCAGGUAAUAUAUUAUUAACCGAAGGCAAUGUUUGCGGAGAGAUAAAAAUUACAGACUUCGGAUUAAGUAAAGUAAUGGAUGAAGAGAACUACAAUCCAGACCAUGGAAUGGAUUUAACGUCCCAAGGCGCUGGUACCUACUGGUAUCUUCCACCGGAGUGUUUUGUCAUUGGUAAAAAUCCUCCCAAAAUAUCGUCAAAAGUUGAUGUAUGGAGUGUAGGUGUUAUAUUUUACCAAUGUCUAUACGGUAAAAAGCCUUUUGGACAUAAUCAAUCUCAAGCUACAAUUUUAGAAGAAAACACAAUUCUGAAAGCCACGGAAGUUCAAUUCGCGAAUAAACCAACUGUUAGCAACGAAGCGAAGAGUUUCAUAAGAAGUUGCCUAGCGUAUAGGAAAGAAGAACGUAUAGAUGUAUUGACAUUAGCUAGACACGAAUAUCUUCAACCUCCAGUGCCAAAGCAUGGCCGUCAAGCGAAUAAUCAACAGCAGCAGCAACAGCAACAACAGAUACAGCAGCAGCAACAAACCUCGUUUAGCAUUGGCAUGUUUAGUGGUAUGAACGCGUCAAGCAGUUCGUAGUGGAAAGGAACUAAAGACAAAAUCUUUGAUAUGCUAAUACAUGCCAAAUCUUGAACACUGAAUUGCACACCAUCUCAUCUUAGAAAAAUAGCGAUUGCUAUAACGAACUGUAAAUACUAAAAAAAAAACCCGGAUAGUAUCACCAAUCACCAAUACCACGAUUACCACUACCACUCCACUACCACUAUCACCACUACCACCACCACCACCACCACCUCUACAACUAUACUUACAGGCCGACUAUAUAAAAAUAUUGCGAGAGAUGCGAGACUGGUCGCCGCAAGUCCAGGAGCUUGCGUCUUUCUACAAGACAAGCUACAUUAUUCAGCAUGACAAAAAAAAAAGAAUGUUGUGUUCGUAAAUAUUCAAUUGUAUUAUCGUUCCUUGUAUCAAACAGUGAGCUGACUUGAUAAAUAGUGUUUAAAAAGAAAUAAGAGAAACAGAAAAAAAAACCAUGUGAUAAGUCAUUGUGAAUUAAAGUGAAGUUCAAAUUUACGAAGAAAAGGAAACAAAGGAGUACGGCAACGGGGAAUCAUUGGAAGUGAAUUACUCGGUGAACAAAGAGAGCAACGGAAGAUUUAAUUGUCGUUCCGAGGCAAAUCGCGUCAAAGCAGUUUUAGAGGGACUUUGCUUUUGCGGAGACGUUCCUCUCUUCGGAAGUUACGUAUGCAUGAGUGAAUGUGACGAAAGAUUGUUAAAACUAGCGUGCGUGUAUAUAUUUAUACUAUAUAUAUAUUUAUUAAUAAAUUCGAUAUAAUAUAUAUAUAUGGUGUAAAGAACAGGACAGCAUUGACAGUGGAAAGAUAACUGUGGUGGAUCCUCGCAUGACCUCCGUGCAGUCAAGUAUUCCAUGAAUAUUUGACUGCACAUCAUGUUACUUUAUUCAAAUAUUAACAUUAUUACUUAUAUCAUGACUAAUAACGAUUAACAUACACGAGGAGAUUUGGUUGGUUGUUCCUAUUCUGAAACGAGUGGGCUUUAUCUAUACUGGAUUGAUUGAUCUAAGGUUUGAAUGUAAAGAACGUAAAUGAAUCACGAUGCUCCCAAAUGAAAAAGAAACGUAUAGAAUCGUAGUCCACUGCUUAUUAUAUGCCCCUGUGCACACAUGUACACCUUUAAUCCAGAAUUUCCUGAUAGAGUGGCUCCUAUAUAUUUUUUUUCUUUUGUUUUUCUUUCUUUUUCGAGAGUGGACUUCGGCGCGCAUUGAUCAUGGAUCUUACAUUUUUCAUGAUAGAUAUAUAUGUAUGUAUGUGUAUUAUGUAUAUAUAUA